UUGUAUUCGGCGCGUCGGCGCGCUCGCGCAACAGAUUUUGUUAAUAAUAAAAUUUAUCGCUUAUUCUAUUUUGUUGGCAUCGGGCUCGACAUUCCACGCACUAUUCCUCUUGAAAAAUGGCUGAAGCCGCCUCGUGUGUGACGACAGCGAUUCAGAGGAGAGUAGCCAUGCUACCCUUUUUAAUGCAGAUGUUUCCAGGAAAGAAAAUGUAGCAUCCAGUCCUGACAGUCUAGACCUACCAGACCCAGCUUAUGAUGCAGAAGAGGAUGACCUACCAAAAUUGGUAAAACGCAAGUUAAAGAAAACAGGAGUGAAAGAGAGUCCUAACGAAAAAAAAUGGAAAGAAAAAACUGGAGGAGAAUUUGUUGGGAGUGCAAAAAGGAUCAUUUGUCUGGAUGAAGAGGAUGAUGUCAGAGAGUUUUCGGAGGAAACAGCAGAAACUGAAGUUGAGACCAUUAGUUUUGAUGAACAUGAAAAAGAGCAAACUGUUGGAGAGUUUUCUGAUUUAUAUGGGCCUUUGUCAUCUGAUGAAGAAGAAAAUGUAACAGAAUUCUUUAAAGACUUUCCAAUUUUCUCAAGAAAAAUUGGUGGAUGUGGAGCUGCAGAAAUCAUUGAUGUUCUGAUGAAAGUAGAUAACUAUACUCAAUAUGUAUGUCCAACUGUUCCUUUACAGUGCGAAGAGAAUGCCACUUUCUUAGUUGAUACUGAUAAACUGAGAAAAUUUUCAGAUCUGACUGUGGAUGACAAUGGGAAAAGGCCAUCAGGAUCAAAGUUGUACGUUACAAAGACAGAACGAGGUUAUAAGUCCAGCAGACAAAUUACUCAAUCAUAUGAUUUUCAGCUCAGGAAAAGCUACUAUGUCCAUGCUGGGACUCCAGAUUUCCACAAAAUUGUCUACACUAUAAGAAACUCAGAAGGACACAACCUCAGACAUGCAAUUAUACAGUAUUAUUUCCAAGAUGGAAAAGUUGUUCCUGUCUUAAAAAAUGUUCCACAUGGAAAUUCUAAGAAAGAAAAUCCUUUCAUUAGAACAAAACCAAGUGCAAUUGCAGAAAUGAAGAACAAAUCUGUUUAUAUGCAGCCCAAGAAAGUUGUUGCAGAUUUGUUCAAUGAGGAAGGAGUAUCGUUGAACUUCAAAUCACCAUCAGAUAUACCUAGAGACAGACCUCAAAUUUACAACAUUAACAGAAGCAACCCUAGGAAAUACCAGACUGGUGGAAAAUGUAUUACUAAUUUUGAUGCCAUUAUCAAGAUGUCUGUUGAGGGCAAUUUUGCUCGAAGUUUUGAAAUGAAAGAAAAUGGCCAUGCCAGGUGCUUCCUUGCAACAGAUCAGCAACUCCUUGAUGUGAAAAAAUUUUGCUGCAAUUCAGAUUCCAUUUUAGGCAUAGAUCCAACAUUUGAUCUUGGAGGAUUUUACCUUACAUGUACUACUUACAGACACCCUAUGUUUGUCAUCAGAGAUAGUGGCAGACACCCUCUUUUACUCGGUCCAUGUAUGAUGCAUCUUAAACGAGAAACCAGUGACUAUGAAUACUUCGGCAAAACACUCUCUGGAUAUAUUAAAGAUGACGUUGUAAAUGUAUGGGGAUCAGAUGGAGAAAAAGCCCUCAUAAAUGGCCUUCAAAAAAGUAACGCUUUUCAAGGAAUCCAUCUAAUUUGUGAGAUACAUGCCCGAGAAAACUGUGAAAGAAAGCUUAAGUCAUUAAACUUUAAAGAAACUCACAUAAAUUUAUUUUUGAAUGAGAUAUAUGGACAGCAGCAUGGGAACAAACGCAUUGGAGGGCUCAUUGACUGUGAAACAGAGUCUGAUUUUGAUUCAUCCCUCAUCAAUUUGGGCAGGAAGUGGGAUGCAAUUGAAGUUACCGAAACUGGAAGAAAACCCCCUGAGUUUUUUUACUUGGUUCAAGAAAUUCAAAGCCGAAGAGUGUAAAAGAAAUCUUUUAAAACCAAUAAGAACAGCUGCAGGUCUAGGAUAUCCUCCUAUAAGAUACACAAACAACAACAACGAGUCAAUUAAUAGUGUGCUGAAGCGUGAAGUUGACUAUAAAAAACAGUCCUGGGAGAACAUGGCGGUGUCUCUACAAAACAUUAUCCACACGCAGUAUCAAGAAUUGGAGAAAGGAGUGUUCAACGUUGGGGAAUAUAGACUACAUAAUGAUUAUAAUCAUCUCUCUGUAUCAACACUUAACUGGUCUCAGUUAAACAAAGACCAAAAACAGGACAAGCUUGCCAAAGUAUUCAGGUAUAAUGCAGAAUUUACUGAACUGCCAACUCACCAUACCUACCUUC